AUGGUAAGUAACUAUCACGUCCACUUGAAGGCCAAACCCGUUGAGUACAUGCAACAGAUGUUGCGUGAUUUCAAAGGACAGCAGGCUACCAUGAGGAAGAGUGCAAAAAUAAAUGAAAACGCACUGAAAGCAUCGUAUCUGGUCGCUCUCAGGGUUGCAAAAAGUAAGAAGCCCCAUACCAUUGCAGAGCAGCUUAUAUUGCCAGCAGCCAUAGAUAUGUGCAGAGCUAUGGUAAGCGAAGAAUGUGCCAACAAAUUAAAAACUAUUCCGUUGUCAGACAACACAAUCGGAAGACGAAUUGGGGAAAUGGCAAAUGAUGUCAAAGACCAGCUGAUGGCAAAACUUCAGACAGUUCUGUUUUCCCUUCAAAUCGACGAGACGACAGAUGUUACUAAUGAUGCGCAACUGUUAACAUUUGUGCGAUACGAGGACAGUGGCACUAUGUGCGAGGAAUUUCUUUUUUGCAAACCACUGCCCGGGCGAACUACCGGUGUAGAAAUAUUUAAAGCACUGGACGAUUUUUUCACGGAGCACAAUAUCUCGUGGCAGAGGUGCGUUGCAUUAUGCAGCGAUGGGGCCCGAGCCAUGAGUGGCAGCAAGACUGGACUGUUUGCGCAUGUAAGGAGGGUGGCUCCGGGGGUAAUUUGGACACACUGCCUGAUUCAUAGAGAGGCUCUCGCCUCCAAAGAUCUCAGUGUUGAGCUCAGUGGUGUGUUUGAUGUCGUUGUCAAGACGGUCAACUUCAUAAAACGAAACGCAUUGAAUACACGCCUGUUUUCAUCCCUAUGCCAUGACUUGGGAAGUGAACACAGCUCUCUCCUUUAUCAUUCAGAGGUGCGUUGGCUGUCUCGCGGCGCUGUGCUCGCCCGUGUGUUUGAACUACGCGGAGCUAUCUACGAGUUCUUGUGCGAGAAGCAUUCUGAUCUGGCUUCCAAUUUCAACGAUAGUUACUGGUUAACUAAGCUGGCGUACCUCACAGAUGUUUUUGCAGAGCUGAACAAGUUGAACAGCUCCAUGCAAGGGAGAGAUGCAAACGUCAUGCAGCUCUACGAGAAGCUCGACGCAUUUGUGAAAAAAAUGUCAAAGUGGAUCGAACGAGUGGAGAGCAAUAACUUGGCGAUGUUUCCUUCAGUUGAGGAAUACCCUGACAGCACUGACAUCAACGACACUAUAUGUGAGCAUUUGAGGAAGCUUGUGCGUCAAUUCGCAAAGUACUUCACUGAUUCGGAAGAGUGGCGCCGUGACAGCAAGUGGAUCCUGCUCCCAUUCAGUGACGAUGCAUCAGUAGGGUCAAGUCUGACGGCUGUGGAAGAGGAUAAGCUGAUUGAGAUGUCCACAGACUCUGUCAGGAGGCAUAUGUACGACACACAGCCCCUUGUUAAAUUCUGGAUAAGUUGCCAGACAGAAUUUCCACAGCUUGCUGCAAAAGCAAUGAGGUGUCUUUUGCCCUUUCCAACCACAUACCUGUGUGAGAGUGGUUUUUCUACACUGGCGUACUUAAAGAAUAAGUACAGGGCUAGGCUUGAUCCAGAGAAUGACAUGAGACUGUCUCUGUCUACCAUUUCGCCACGAAUAGACAGGCUGUGUGGACUUCACCACGCCCAGAUAUCACACUGACAGCAGGUGAUUGGUGACAGGUCUGUCCUGGCUGGGUUAUAAAAGCCCUGACCAGCCAGCAGUUGAGGCUGCCUUGGUCUUCAUUUGUUGGAUUUUGGUUCUCCGGUGUUGUUGGAUUUUUGUUCUCCGUUGUUGUUUUGUCACACACCUAGACUGACUUUGCAUGACAUUUUUAGUUACUUUUCCCAAUACUGAAUUGCACAACACUUUAUUAUUCUUUAUUCUUUCUUUAAAAUAAUCUUUAAUUUAAUUUAAUUUAAUAAAUCUACUUUUAUUAUUAUAAAAUCUGCGUGGCCUCUCUUUCAUGUUUCAUGCAUUGAGCUAUGCAUGUAACACCAAAUACACACGCGCACGCGCAGGCACAUCAGUGGGCCGCGGAUUGCUUUCUAGUCCGAAUGGUGGUCCCUGGGACAAAACCAG